AUGCAAAAGCCAACACUGCGCCGCAUCCGCCUACGGCUAAUGACAUGGUUGGAACCAUGGCUAUCCAGUGACGAAUACCAAUUUCCCGACACUGUACGAGAAAAGGCCAUCCACAACAACCGGUGGUCGCGAAGAAGACCACAAACACUGGCAGCCUUGCUUAUAGCAGUCCUCUUCAUCCUAUAUCUACUUUCAGGGUCGCCUCUUCCCGCAACCUUCCACCGUCCAUAUGUGCCCUACUACGAACGCUCCUGCGACCACCCUGUCUCACGACUCGUACACGACGCUCAGAAAUCAUUUAAUGCAACCGUGGCACGUCAGUCCAAAUCAUUCGCGGAAGCAAUCACGGAAUAUAAGCGCCGAUAUCAAAUGCCGCCGCCCCCGGGCUUCGAUAAAUGGUACGAGUUUGCCUCACGGCGAUCAACGGUUAUGAUUGAUGAAUUCGACACCAUAUACCAUGCGAUAUUGCCAUUUUGGGGAUUGAACCCCAGCGUUAUUCGUGCACGUGUGAGAGAAGACCUUGGGUAUGACAAUUACUUGAUGGGGAUCAUAAUAGGAAAUGGUCGACCGAUCCACCUUGUGGGUGGCCAGCGAAGUGCUCAAAAGCAACUAUGGCAGAGAGAUGGAACCCUGGCUAUCUUGAAGAAGUUCGCUCAAUGGUUACCUGACAUGGACCUUCCGUUCAACGAGCAUGAUGAGCCACGAGUUAUUGUCGCGCAUGAAGAUUUGCAUAGAAUGGUCACGGCUGGUAAAGAAGCGCAGGCGCGUUUGAACCGCAACUCUCUAUUGGAACAUCAAUUUUCAAAGGGAGAUAUUAUAGAUCCCAUACUGGGAACUUGGAAGAGCCGGUACAAUGAUAUUGAGAAGCAAGAGACAUGGCUUACCUCGCGGAUUUCCUGUCCACAGGGCACGCCAGCGAGAGACCUUGAUGGCGCUGCACCUGAUAACACAAGUGCAUAUGCAAUAAAUCCUCUAGGAUUCGUGUUCAAUCAGACUGCCGCAAGCGAUAUCUGCCUGAAUCCAUCGUUGCGUCAUCGCCUCGGAAUUUUCGAGAGACCUAAUCGCUUCAAGGUCACCAACGAAUUAGUCUCUAUGUUUUCAAUGUCACGAUUGUCUGCCUCGCAAGAUAUCACAGUCCCAUCACCUUACAAUUACGAAAGGAUGACCGACUACGAUAUCAAAGCUUCAUUUGACUGGGAGAAGAAAAAGCCUCAGCUCUAUUGGCGUGGCGCGACAACUGGAGGAAACGGUCGAAAGGGAGCAUGGCGCAACUUGGAACGGCAGCGUAUCAUAGCGAAUCUGACCCAGCCAUCAUCGGCACAAUACGUGCUGCAGCAAAUGGAGCACACAGCGUGCGAUAUUGGUGGUGACAGCGGCUGGGAACUUCAGCGCGUGGAAUACGCCAGAAUCAAAAGCUGGUUCAAUGUUCGUUUCGUCUGGAUCACGGGUUGUGAAGAAGAGGACUGCGCUGAACAGGGGGAAUUCUUUGGGGUGCCUCUCAACGAUGAUCCGAGCAAUGCUCCUUCAGAUCCCCCGGAAGAGGCAUGGAAAUAUCGAUAUUUGUUGGAUAUGGAUGGGCAUUCGUACAGUGGAAGAUUUGUCGCCUUCAUGCGAAGUAACAGCCUUCCUAUGAAAGUGGCGUUCUUCCGGGAAUGGCAUGACAACGUUCUUGUGCCUUGGGUUCACUAUGCUCCCCUCAAUAAGGAUGUUGAUGAAGUCCCAGAAUUGAUGCGGUUCUUCGAACAAGACACUGCAGGUCAAGAGAUUGCUAAGACCAUUGCAGAGGGUGGCCAGGGCUGGGCAAAUCGAGUACUCAGAAACGAAGACAUGGAAGUGUACAUGUUUCGGCUUUUGUUGGAAUAUGCCCGGGUACAAGAUGAUAACCGCGAGUCCUUGGGAUUUUCGUAA